AGUAUCUAAAUGAAUACUACUAAUAUUCAUUUACACGCAAUGCAACAACUCGAUCAUUUUUAACUAAUUACGAACUGUAAGAUCACAUGACGAGCACGGGUCAUAUGACUGAGUAAGAUGGCUGCGCCGGGAAGAGGGUGGAUGUUUCUGUUUUUCUGUUUUUGCUUCGUUUGGGAAACUGUGAGGGGGAAGACCACCCCCAACCACACGGAGCCGGUACCGGUGGUCAUUUGGCAUGGCAUGGGCGACAGUUGCUGUAAUCCUCUCAGCAUGGGGUUCAUCAAGAAACUAGUGGAACGAGAUAUCCCAGGAAUAUAUGUUUUAUCACUGGAAAUUGGAACUAGCAUUGCUGAGGACAUAGAGAACAGUUUCUUCAUGAAUGUAAAUGACCAAGUUGAGCUGGUGUGUAACAUAUUGUCCAAGGACAAAAAGCUACAGAAUGGAUACAAUGCAAUGGGCUUCUCUCAAGGCGGUCAAUUCCUGAGAGCUGUGGCACAGAGAUGUCCUUCUCCUGCUAUGUUAAAACUUGUCACAUUUGGAGGCCAACAUCAAGGAGUGUACGGUUUGCCCCGCUGUCCUGGAGAGACUUCUCAAAUCUGUAACUUGAUAAGAAAAAUGCUGAAUGUGGGUGCUUAUAGUAGUCCAAUUCAAGACCACUUGGUGCAGGCAGAGUACUGGCAUGAUCCCUUGAAUGAAGACCUAUACAGGGACAAGAGUAUUUUCUUGGCAGAUAUUAAUCAAGAACGGGGCAUUAACGAAAGCUACAAGGAGAAUCUGACAAAAUUGAAAAAAUUUGUAAUGGUGAAAUUCUUGAAUGAUACCAUGGUUGACCCGGUUGAUUCUGAGUGGUUUGGUUUCUAUAAAGCUGGCCAGGCUAAAGACACUUACAGCUUGCAGGAGAGUGUUCUUUAUAAAGAGGAUCGGUUGGGUUUGAAGACUAUGGACAAAGCAGGCAAACUGCAAUUUCUAACUGUGAAUGGUGAUCACCUUCAGUUUUCAGAGGAAUGGUUUAUUACCAACAUAAUUCCUUAUCUCAAGUGACCCUUUUAGUAAGCUGGUGGAUAUUGACUGAUUAAUUAGUCCACAUGCCUAUGAUGUAAUGUUGCAACACUGGCUCAUUAUCUACAGUAUUCACAAUGAUCAAGUGACUUCCCCCCCCACCCCCAGAUUCUGCAGAAGCUCAUAUUGAUUUAUGUUUAUGUUUAACUCACUUUUUUUUCCAUAGUAACAGUUCUAAUGCACUGAAUCAGAAAAGACUUUCUCUAACAAUGAGUUUUGCUCUGUUCUGAGAUAUGUCAGAGAUCAUUAAUGUAACUAGGAACAAUCCAGUUGAGGCAAAUGACAGGUUUGCUUCCCCCAUGUAGAUUUCUUUUUGGACAGGAGAGAAAAGGUAAAGGUAUUCAUUUUUCCCUAACUAAAAUUAGGUUUCACACAGCAGAUGCCCUAUCGAUUCCAGCUAUACUCUCAAACAGAUCCAUAAUUAAUGUUAUUUUAAAUCAUGUUUAUGCUGUAGCAGUCCUAUGCUGAGGAACAUUGAAGGUUAAUGACUAUUCUGAAGAAAGGUCACCAGACCCAAACUACGAACUCUGCUUUGUCUCCACAGAAUCUGCCAGAACUGUCAAGUAAUUUUCUGGCAACAGGUUUUAUUUCUGAUUUCUAGCAACUGUAGUAGUGUUCCCCCCACCUCUGUUCAAGGCAAGUUGAAGGGGAAGAUUACCAGGAAAGUGGUUUUAGAACAAAGUCCAUGUUGGGUAGAAAAAAAGCUUGAAUGUGUAGCUGUACAGUUAAAGGAAGCUAGUAUUUUGCCUAGCCAGCUUGGUUUGAAUGUUCCUAAAUAUUAAGCUGAUGUGAAGUUGCAGGAAUUUUACUUCAGCUUGUUAUCAAAGCAUUGUAUUAGUCUGCUUUUAAUUAAAUGAUAUUUUUAACAUUAAAAAUUAUCACAGAUUUACUUUAAUUUCACAUCAACUUGUGCCAUGAUAUUACUACAUAUCUCUGGAACAUAAGAUUUGAACCUAGGUCUCAAGGUAGAAGUUCAUACUCCACUUGCACCUUAACAUUUAUGCUUUGCCUAUGCCGGAGUUCAUAAGGUCUACAAUGGAUAAAAAAAUCUCACCAUCAAAAACUGUACAUUGGACAGAUCUCUGGUAUGUCAAUGCUAGAUCAAUCCAUCCAUUUCUAUUUAUGGAAUGAAUUAUCUCAAGACUGGGCUGGGGAUGAAAACUUCAGAGGACAGUGCAAAGCAGCUCCUAAAAGUCCAUGAUGUCCUCAAUAUAUCAGCAAGGUUCACCUCCAGUUUCAAGGCUGGUCAGUCACGAUAAACUUCAAAAAGACACUGUUACAAAGGUGGCAAAUUUUGUUUUGCAUUUUAAUUUGUUAAGAGCAUAGUAACCACAAGUAGCAAGAACCAAAUUUGACCUGUUUGUAUCGUACUGAAAUUACACAAUACAAAGUUUUCACACCAAAAAUAGGCUGUUGACUGUGCACUUGGUACCUUGGGGUAGAGUAGCAUUCAAACUUCCUCUAAAUGCAACAACUCACUUGUCAUUUUGUAUGAAAUGUCAAAGCAAUUAAAAAACUUUCAAUCUUAA